GCCGUUCAGUAUCAAGCAGUGCCAGACAAGAUGGCGCCGCGGCGGCAGUCCCAGCAGGAUCUCUGUUCGGCCGCAUUUGGCCUCGGUGGAAUCGCGGUUGGACAGGCCAGCAGCCUGGGGCUCGAUUUGUGGUCUGUGACCGGCGUGCACCGCGCUCGGGGCCUCCUCCAGAGCGCAGGUAGCCCCGGGGAACAGCCGAAUGGAGACGGUGCCCUGCAACAGAUCAGAAUUCACCCAGGAAUAAUCGCUGCUGUCGUCGUGGUUGCAUUGCUGGCGGUGUUGGCAGCUGUUUUCAUUGUCCGAAAAUACUGUUGUUCAGAAAGUAACAUUACCUACAGAUAUUCUGUUCUCCGGCGUCAUCAGGAAGAGUUAGACAACAGCACCACCAACAGGCUGCAAGAUGACUCUGACGAGGAUCUACUGGAAUAGAGGAAAAUACUUUGGUACUGUAAUUCCACCAGCACUCGGCAAUGACCACUCCAUUAUGCUAUAUGGAUGGGUUCUUAAUUUAUGGGAAUAAUUAUACUUUCUCAGUUUUUAUGACUAUGUAUUUCUAUGCACUUGUACAUAUGGGAUAAAGAAUACAAUAUAUUUUUGAAUGUGAAUGAUCAGUGUUAAAUCAUUUUAAAAUCUGUGUUUGACUAUAUAAGGUAUGUCCAUGUUCUCUUAUCCCUAGCUGAGUGGACCCCACCUUGUAGCAGGCAGAUUGUUCCCCUCCCCCCACCCCACUGGAUCCCAGCUAUUACAUUAAUAUCGCCAACACUGAUUCUAUUGAAGCAUGGACUGGAAGUACAACGCCUAAUUUAAGAUGUACAGUACCAGAAUAAGGUGUGUAGUGGUGAUUGCACAGCUGUCAUGUCCUGCUCAUGAGGCUUCAGAAAUAGUAAAACCACACUUACCAGAAUUGCCAGGAGGCUCACGAAAAUCAGGUAGCGCUGAGACAUAUAAAGGGGCGGGCAGAGAUCCGGCAUGUGCCGCUAUUUGUGUCUCCUGCUGUAGCCUCUGGCCUGCCCUGUCCCCUACCUAGUCUCCGAGUCGGUGUGCGCUCUCUCUGCUUCUCCUCCUCCUGCUCUGCGGCUGUCAGUACAGUGGCAGGGCGGCAGUUCGCCCGCAACUUUUUCGGCGCCCGGAGCUCGCGCUUCACCAGAGCCCCACCCUCGCUACACCCCUGCGUAUAACAUACCAUGUGGUCAUGGCAGCAUCACUGGAUGGCAGAGGUGGAAUAACAGAAUGAAUGGGGACAAUGCAGUGUACUGAGGACCUUAUUCAGUAAGGACGGCAGAUUUAGCCUUUUUGGCAUGCUACCAGCCGCCCGCCCACUGCGAUCACACUGUAAUUGCGAUUGCGCCGCAAUUACAGCAAUGGUCGUAAAAACUGGAUGCCUACUGCCAGUGCAGACUGGCAGCCAUGGCAGGAGUCCUGCCGCCAUUUUUUCGAUCAUGACAACACACACCUGCCCCAAAAGUGCCGGCAACACGCCUCCGUUUCCCCACCGCCGCCCCAAAAGUGGACGGUCGCUGCCCUCCUGCCCACUCCUCUGCCUGAUUGACUGAUCAGAUGGCAUAGGCUACUAGCACAGGACGGACGUGCGAUUUGCUGCUGCAGCCGGGGUUAUUGCGGUCAAUUAGCGAUGCGACCUGAAUAACCCCCUGAGUGCGGUGGGCUACCUGUCAUGUAACAACACACAGGCACCACAGAUACGUCAGCAUAACAGGAAAUUUUUCUGGUGAGACCUAUGGCCAAUCCGCACAGCACCAGGCUUCCACAGUAAAAUAGGCCCAUCAUAAGUAUUAAAAUUAGGUUUGCAGUUUUCUCACAAAAUGAUGCAAUUUUUAGGUACAGUAUUUAAGGAGACAUUGGAGCUGAUAGCAUAGGGGUGUACACGCCCACAUGGCAUUGGCCACACCCACACUGCACUGGUCAUAGCUCCUCUCCUUCUCAGUAAAGGCUUAUGGCCUUAAUCCAGCCCUGGUGGUGUGUGUUUUUAUUAUUAGAAUUUUGUCAUGUAGACUUCCAGCCUCCGACUGGUAUCAUUGCACUAAGUGGGAAUUCAGAGUUUGUAGCAGCGGUGGGAAGAAAUGUUUUAGUUUAAAUCACUCAGACAGAGGCAGGAAAUAUUUAAAUAGGCUAGAAACGACAAAGUGUACUGGCGUAUUAUCUAGGGCUAAUGUCUGGCUGUUAUGGUUCAUUUAAUACUUCAGACUCCAGGAGAGUCGGCAGUUUAUCAGGAAACAAUGCAGGGCCAGGUCAUCUGGCUGUCUGAUGUAAGUCUGUGCCUCGGUCAUCCACAUACAAGGCUACACAAAUUACAAUACAUGUCUAUGGAAAACGGUCUAUACUAACUGCUUACAGAAAUACCUGUAUUUGCUGUAAGUGACUUUCUGACGGGCACUUUAAUAGUUAAUUGGCAGUCUGUGUUAACCUUCCACUUUUCUUUUAAUUACACAGUAUGUAAAUGUUCUUGUAUUAUUUGCUAUAUGAAAUAAACCUGUUUUUUGUUGUA